GCGGGAAUUCCACACGGCCUGGACCUGUCAGUCCUCAUGAAGAAAUCCGCUUAUUCAUCUUGUCUCCGCUUUGUCCACACAAGUGCGGCCGCUGCUCCUGACAUCGCCCCAUGUGGCGUCCAGGACAUGGAUGUCGGAGUGCGACCGACAGGUGUUAGGAGGCCAGGACACCACUGUGGGCCAGAGAGAAGCCUGAAGGAUGCAUGAGACUAUGGGUUGUUCCGGUUCCUGGCGAGCCCCUUUGGCAAGACGAUAACUAAUCCGUGUUUUCAUCCAAUCCCUUGAUUUCGACUUGUUCCUGACGACCAUCCCGAUCUUGACUUGCACAUUUACACGCCAGACCUGACCAUGGGCUCUGAUUUCCACUAUCACCCAAACGGGUGGGUCGGUAACACGCCAUGGUGGAAGGACGCCGUUUUCUACCAAGUCUACCCAGCAAGCUUCAAAGACUCCAACGGUGACGGAUGGGGAGAUAUCCCGGGCCUUAUUUCGAAGAUCGACUACCUCCAUCACCUUGGUGUUGAUGUGGUCUGGCUUUCCCCCAUGUUCGAGAGUCCGCAGAAGGACAUGGGGUACGACAUCUCGGACUACCAAGCCGUCUAUGCACGAUACGGUACCCUCCAGGAUGUGGAUCAGCUCAUACAAUCCUGCCACAGUCGUGGGAUGAAGCUGAUUCUCGACCUCGUGGUGAACCACACGUCGGAUCAGCACCCGUGGUUUAAGGAAUCCCGGUCAUCCAAGACAAACCCCAAGCGGGACUGGUACAUUUGGAAGCCGCCGCGAUACGACAGCGCCGGCAACCGCUUCCCGCCGACCAACUGGCGCAGUUACUUUGCCGGAUCGACCUGGACCUGGGACGAGCACACGCAGGAGUACUACCUCAAUCUCUACGGCCCCUUCCAACCAGACCUCAAUUGGGAAAACCCCGAGUGCCGCGCCGCCAUCUACGACGUCGCCAUGCGCUUCUGGCUAGACCGGGGCGUCGACGGCUUCCGCAUCGACACCGUCAACAAGUACUCCAAGCGGACCGACUUCCCCGACGCGCCCAUCACCUGUCCGGACGCCCAGCACCAGCCCGCGCCGGAAAUGUGGUGCAACGGCCCGCGCAUCCACGAGUUCAUCCACGAGAUGCAGACCGAGGUGCUGACGCCCUACAGAGCCGUCUCGGUCGGGGAGCUCUCCAACACACCUCUGCCAAGCCAGGUGCUCCCGUACGUGUCGGCGGCGGCGCGCGAACUGGAUAUGGUGUUCGAGUUCAGCUUGAUCCGCCUGGGAACCGGCGACCUCUUCCACGGCAAGUACAUGUACCGCCCGUUCCCGCUGUCGGCGCUCAAGCGGCACGUGGCCACCUGGCAAACUUUCAUCGAGGGCACCGACGGGUGGCAUACCGUCUUCUGCGAGAACCACGACAACGGGCGCGCUGUUUCGCGCUUCGGGAACGACGGCACCCCUGAGCUUUGGGAGGCGAGCGCCAAGACGAUCGCCCUAUGGCAGGCCACUCUGACUGGGACGCUGUUCUUGUACCAGGGCCAGGAGAUCGGUAUGCGAAACAUGCCGGCCAGCUGGAGCAUCGACGAGUACAAGGAUGUCGAGAGCAUGGGCUUCUAUAACGAGGCGGUCCAGUCGGGCGAUCAGAAGCGUGUUGAGGCGACGCUGCAUGGCCUGCGGAUCCUGGCCAGGGACCACUCGAGGCUGCCCUUCCAGUGGAACGACUCUGCGAAUGCUGGCUUUACCAGCGAAGGGGCGGUCCCUUGGAUGCGGGUGCACGACGGGUACCGCGAGCUGAACGCGGCCAAGCAGCUGCAAGACCCCGAAUCCGUCCUGGGGUUUUACGGCAAGAUGCUGAGGAUUCGCAAACAGUAUCGAGACAUUUUUAUCCAUGGCACGUUCAAGCUCCUUGCGCCAGAAGAUGAGUUUCUAUUCAUGUAUGUCAAGGAGAGUGAUGUGAGGGUCGGUCCUGGCUCGGAGAAUGUUCGAAGGAAAGCACUGGUCGUGAUGAACUUCAGCAGCAUUCCUCAGAAAUGCCCGGCUAUUGAUGUUGCGUUACGGUGCCGAAAGGGCGAGGCGAGGCUGCUUGUCGACACUCUGAGAAUUGGCGAUCCUGCGCUUGGAGGGGAGCUCAGGCCUUGGGAAGGGAGGGUGUACCUUAACUUUGAGCCUUGAAGUGCUGAUAGCAAGGAAGACA